AUUUUGUUUUCAUUCCCAGAAGGAUUCUAAACUUUUGAAAUUGCAACGUCUUCGAACCGAUGGAGUAGUUUUAUUUUCUGGGGAAAUGGGUUUAGUUUCUCCAAAUUACAUCAACUACUUUCUUUAAAUAAAUUUCCUACCGUUUUCUGUUUUUACAAGUUUCCAAACUUAGAAAAAGGUUUUUCACUGAGCUACGGACGUGCCUAGAGCUAGCUGUUGUGGAGUUUCUUUUAGUUCUUAGAUCCUUUACACCCCCAGAAACAUGCUCCAAUCAAACACCAUGAAUGACCAUCAAGCUCGUGAUAAUGAAGCGCACACUCUUGGCGAUGGCUUACUCCUCACCACCACCACCACCACCACCACUACCAGUGGUUCUGACAAAUACCGUCGCAUUUGGCGUCGAAGUAUAGGUGUAGGGAUUCUGGUCUCCGUGAUGAAGAGACCCCUUUAUGGUCAGGAUUCUCCACAACCAUCGCCAUCGUCAAUACCUUAUUCUCCUUGCCCACAAGAACAACCCGAACACGUCAUUCAGGUAAUUCCCUCUGCUGAUGAGGAUCAAGAGAAAGAGACGGACGAAGAUCGGAAAAAGUUGUUCGGAUUAUGAGAGAGAAGAACUUGCCUUUCUCUUCUAAAACUCGGCGGCCUGGACUGGGUUGCAAGAGUUUUGGGUUCCAAUUUAGAGGAGGGACUGGAUGAUGACCAGCAAGUGCACUGGAACACCAACAACAACUCUGAUGGUGAAAAAGGAUUCUUCUACUUCUUCUUGCAGGCUUGUGGCAAAUGGACCAUUUUUCUGCUCUUGGUCUCAGCUGGAUUUGCCUUUGCUAUUGAUAUCACGGGGCAUGGACUUAAAGAUGAGUGGCAUGACGGGGUUGCUAUUCUCGUUGCCGUGUUCCUGCUUGUUGCAUUCCCUUCGGUAGGGAACUUUCACCAUGAAAGGAAGAGGGUGAAGAAGAUGUUAAAGAAUAUUAGGAAAUUGGAAGUGAAUGUAGUCAGAAGUGGAAAUCCCCGACGGAUUGCCAUUUCUGAUGUUGUGGAGGGUGAUGUAGUGCAUUUGAAGAAGGAUGAUCGCAUUCCAGCUGAUGGUUUGUUUGUGAAAGGGGAGAAUUUGGUAGUUGAUGAGGUCUUCAACUCCAAAAUUGAUCGUGAUCAGAACCCGUUUCUUGUCUCAGGUUCAAAGGUUGUUGACGGCCAUUGUACGAUGCUUGUGACACCGGUUGCCGUUGAUAAUAAUACAGCUAUGUCUUCUCAUUAUCCUGAUGAGAAGACACUGUUACAAGCUCGGAUCGCGGAACCAAAUGGUUACAAUGAAAUGUUUGCUCUCUGUGUCACUCUGCUUAUUGCUCUUGUUCUGUUAAUUCGCCUCUUAUGUGGAAAACACAAUAGCAGUAAAGAUUCACCAGAACUUAAAGGUAAUGUUUCGGUGGGCAUGAUGAUGAAGAUCUUUGAGAAAAUUUCCCUGAAAUCUCAAGGAAAGAUUUGGGUUUUGACAAGUGCUCUUUCAGCCAUGGUAAUAGGAAUACAAAACGGAAUGCCUGUUGUGAUUACAGUUUCUCUGAACUGCUGGAACAAGAAGGUGCAGAGAUAUGGGGCGGAACCUCGGAAUUUAUCAGCCUGUGGCACAAUGGGGCAUGUCACAGACAUUUGCAUUGAUGCAACUGGUGGGCUGAUGUGUAACCAGGUGGAGGUCAACAAAUUUUUUCUCGGCGAGAAAGAUAUCGGCAACGGUGCCAUGGACUCCGAAACGAGCCAAGUUGUUGUUGAAGCUUUGCAUCAGUGUCUGGAAGAGAUAACAUCAGUAGUGAAAAAUCUUAUAUCUGCUGGAGUAGGCGUGAAGUUAAUUUCAGAGGAUGAUCUCUCAGCAGUGACACCCAUAGCUUUCGAAAUAGAGAUCUUUGACCCUGCUGGGUCAAAUCAUGCGGCACUUAAAGCUGAAGAAAUUCGAGAACUGAUUAGCAGUGGAAGGAUGGAGAAACUGGAUCUGGUUACGGUGGUAGGAAGUUGCCUCCCUGAGGACAAGCUCUGGAUUAUUCAGCAAUUGCAAAAAGAAGGUCACAUAGUUGCUUUCUUUGGAGGGUUGACCACAAGAGACACCCUACCUUUAAAAGAAGCCGAUGUCGGGAUCACUGCCCGGAGACGGAGCACUGAAUUGGCAAGAGAGAGCUCUGAUAUUACUGUCAAAUAUUUUGGUUCACUAUCUCAUAUUUUGAAGUUUGGCAGAUGCAGUUACCACAACAUUCAGAAGUUCAUUCAACUUCAGCUCACCGCUUGCAUCUCUGGGUUUACAAUAGCCUUAGUGACCACAAUGGUUUCUGGAGCAUCCCCAAUAACAGGAAUUGAAAUGUUUUGGGUGAAUUGGGUUAUGUACCUUAUGGGCAGCCCAGUGUUGUUGAUGGAGUUAAAAACCCAAAAACCAGCUAAAGGGUCACUGCUAACCAAGGCCAUGUGGGGAAACAUUGCAGCUCAAGUCAUAUACCAGGUUUCUGUCUUGCUGAUCUUUCAGUUUAAGGGAUUCGGCACGAUCGAUGAUGUCCGGAAGACCAUGAUCUUCAACAUGUUUUGCCUAUGUCAGAUCUUCAAUCAGUUCAAUGCCAUGGACAUAGUAAAGAAGGAUGUGUUGAAGGUUGUUGUUCGCAGCUAUUGGUUUUUGGUCACUUUGGCUGCUGUUAUGACCAUGCAGGUGUUGGUGAUUGAGUAUUCGGGUGUUGUGACCAGUUUUGUGAGAUUGAAUGCGGUGCAGUGGGCUUCCUGUUGUAUUGUUGCUGCACUUCCAUUGGCCUUAAAAUCACUUGGAGAUGUCUUCAAAACAUGGUACUCUUUGGUUUCGAGAUCAGCUGAUCAUUCAAAUGAUGGGUUCUCGAAUAGGAUGCCUAGGCCUUAUGUUUCCCAUUUUGGUGUCCCAUUUUUCAUGUUCCUUUUCCCCACGUUGCCCGGACUAUUCGCUAUUGUAAAUCAGUACGAAAAUCUGCCAGAGGCUUGUAGAUAAAUAUUAGGGAAAUGUUUUUGUGGGCUCGGCUCUACUUGAAAGAGGUUUUUGUUGCAUAAAAAUGUUGUAUAAUGCAAUCGUUAGGUCCGUCUAGACUGUCUGUAUUGUU